UUCGCGGGCUUAUUUUUUUUUUUAAUCUUUUGCGAUGAAGUUGUUUGUCGUUACCCUAUUGGCGGUGGCCAGUGUUGCCUACGGUUUGAAUGUGGAACAUUCGAUUCCAGAUGGGAACACUGCGUGGGGGUACCUGGCGAGGUUUGGAAUCCCCAGGGCGGAGGAGAUCCGUAAGGCAGAGGAGGCCUACCUCAAUGACCCCUCCAGGAUCGUAGGAGGCGUCCCUGCGGCACUCGGACAAUACCCUUACCAGGCAGGCCUCAUCAGCGACAUCGUCGGCCUGACCGGGCGCGGCGUGUGCGGCGGCUCCCUGGUCACUGCCAACCGCGUGAUCACAGCCGCCCACUGCUGGUUCGACGGUCAGAACCAGGCGUGGCGCUUCACCGUCGUCCUCGGCUCUGUGCUACUGUUCAGCGGCGGCAACAGGAUUGAGACAAGCGCCGUUGUUACUCACCCCGGCUGGAUUCCCCUGCUGGUCAGGAACGACGUCGCUGUUAUCUACUUGCCCAGUGCUGUCCAACUCUCUGCCACAAUCAACACCAUUGCCCUACCUUCCGGGCCUGAGCUCGAUGAAAACUUCGCUGGGGUCUCUGCUACUGCUUCUGGAUUUGGGAUCACCAGUGAUGGUGCCGGCAUCUCCCAAAGUCAGUUCCUAAGUCACGUGAGCCUGAACGUGAUCACCAACAGCGUGUGCUCGUACGCGUUCCCGCUGAUCCUGCAGCCCAGCAAUGUGUGCACCAGCGGCGUGGGCGGCGUCGGCGUCUGCGGCGGAGACUCCGGCGGCCCUCUCGUCGUCCAGCGCGAUGGCAGACCAAUCUUGAUUGGUGUCACAUCAUUCGGAUCAGCUCUCGGCUGCCAGAUCAACUUGCCGGCGGCCUUCGCCCGCGUCACUUCCUUCAUCGACUUCUUCAACCAACACCUGCAGUGAUACACAAUCUGAUUAAAGUUAUAAGGACAAAAUA